GCGUCAUCGAUCGUGUUCGCCUGUAGCAAGAGUAGCCCCGUGACGGCUCGCCUCCUGCGCUCGGGGGGCUUUAAUCGGAGUAGCUAGCCGACCACAAUCUUGCCUCUAUCACAAAUGGCUACAGUGCGAAUCUGCGUCUGUGGAGACGAGGGCACUGGCAAGUCCAGCCUCAUCACCUCCCUUGUGAAGGGGGUCUUUGUGACGAACAAGAUCCAGCCCAUCCUCCCUCAAAUCACGAUUCCUCCCACCAUCGGGACCCCCGAGAACAUUACCACCACGACGGUGGUGGACACCUCGUCUCUUCCGCAGGAGCGUAAUAACCUGGCCCGGGAAAUCCGGAAGUCCAAUGUGAUUCUGCUUGUAUACUCGGACCAUUACAGCUAUGAGAGGUCCGAUCUCGCCGCGGGCCAUACCGAGGCUCAGGUCAUCGAGGAGGAAAUGCUCCCGUUGAUGGCGGAGUUCAAGGAGAUCGACUCCUGCAUCCGGACCAGCGCUCGCGAGCAUCAGAAUAUCAACGAGGCCUUCUUCCUCUGCCAGAAGGCGGUCACCCAUCCGAUCGCGCCGUUGUUCGACUCCAAGGAAUUCUCUCUCAAGCCGGCGGCCAUCGCGGCGCUGCAACGCAUCUUUUACCUGAGUGAUCAGGAUAGAGACGGGUUUUUAUCCGAUAAGGAGAUCGAGGAAUUCCAAAUCAGAUGCUUCGAGAAGCCCUUGAGCGGGGAGGAUCUCCUUCAUAUCAAGGAGACCAUUCAGAGAACGCACCCUCACUCGGUGACUCCGUCGGGUAUCGACUGCAGUGGGUUCCUACAGCUCAACAAGAUAUAUGCCGAGAAGGGCCGGCACGAGACCAUCUGGAUAAUCCUACGUGCCUUCCAAUAUACAGACAACCUGUCCUUACAGGAGACCUUCCUGCAUCCGAGAUUCGAGGUGCCCCCGUUUGCGUCCGCCGAGCUCUCGCCGGAGGGAUACCGGUUCUUUGUAAAUCUUUUCCUCCUCUCAGACAAGGACAACGACGGAGGGCUGAACGACGCGGAGCUGGCGUCGUUGUUCGCGCCGACCCCCGGAUUGCCCGCCUCCUGGACGGACGGGUUCUUCCCCUCGUCCACCGUCCGCAACGAGGCCGGCUACGUGACCCUCCAGGGAUGGCUUGCGCAGUGGAGCAUGACCACCUUCACAUCCCCCAAGACAACCCUGGAAUAUCUCGCGUAUCUAGGCUUCGAGUCCGCCGACCGCAGCAACCCGUCCACCACAGCCGCCCUCAAAGUGACACGACCCCGCAAGCGGCGCAAGCGCCCCGGCCGAGUCGGCCGCAACGUCGUCCUCGGGCAUAUCCUGGGGGCUCCCGGGUCGGGCAAGUCCGCGCUCCUCGACGCUUUCCUCUCGCGUGGGUUCAGCCCGCUGUACCACCCGACCAUCCAGCCCCGGACGGCCGUCAACACCGUCGAGCUCCCGGGGGGCAAGCAAUGCUAUCUCAUCCUCGGCGAGCUGGGGGAGCUGGAGCCCGCCAUCCUCGAGAACCAGGUCAAGCUCCUGGACCAGUGCGAUGUCAUCGCGUAUACUUAUGACUCGUCCGAUCCCGAUUCCUUCGCCUAUAUCCCUGCCCUGCGCGCCAAGUACCCUCACCUGGAAGAGCUCCCGAGUGUGUUCAUUGCUCUCAAAGCCGAUCUCGAUCGCACUACCCAGCGCGCCCAGCUCCAGCCCCACGAAUACACUGCCAUGUUGAACAUGUCCAGCCCGCCCCUCCACGUCAGUGCCACUUGGGCUUCCAUUCAAGAGGUCUUUGUCCAUAUCGCUGAAGCCGCUAUGGAGCCUAUCACCGCCUUCCCCCGCACCGAGGACGAUGUAGAGGGUAAGUGGAUGUCCUGGGGGAUUACCCUGGGCGCGGUGGUUUGUGCUGGAGCUGCGGCGGUUAUGAUAUGGAGGAGAGUCAGCGGUAGCGGGGUUUGA